CUUUGGGCUUUCUGAGUUCGAGUUGUUGAUUUGAAAAUUACUUUCUUGAUUGGCAUUUCUUGAGCCAAUUUUUCGUGAGGAUAUUUGAGUUGGUGGGGCUGUGUACUAAUAUUGCUUGUGGCAUGGCUUCUAGUCCGAAACAAGCGCCCACUCCAAAGGGCAUAAAGUUUUUGUUUGGCGGCACAGCUGGAAUGGCUGCUACAGUGUUCGUACAACCCCUGGACUUGGUGAAGAACCGAAUGCAGAUGAGCGGUGAAGGUGGAAAGGUCCGUGAGCACAAGACUAGUUUUCAUGCUGUCUUAAAGAUCUUCCAGAAGGAAGGCCUACGUGGAAUGUACACAGGGUUGAGUGCCGGUCUCUUCAGACAGGCCACUUACACAACGACACGUCUAGGUAUAUACUCCACCCUAUUCGAUCUGACCUCAGGUCAAGAUGGGUCACCACCCAAUUUUGCAACAAAAGCCUCUAUAGGAAUGGUUGCAGGCGCAACUGGUGCCUUCGUUGGUACACCAGCGGAGAUCUCGUUGAUUCGCAUGACCUCUGACGGCAGGCUGCCACCGGAGCAGAGAAGGGGCUAUACCAGUGUGUUUAAUGCGUUAGCACGCAUCACCAGAGAGGAAGGUCUAUUCACUCUGUGGAGGGGCUGCGGUCCCACCAUGGCACGGGCUAUGGUCGUCAACGCUGCGCAGCUUGCUUCUUACUCGCAGUCCAAACAGUUCCUGCUUGGAACAGGCUACUUCCAAGAUAAUAUAUUUUGUCAUUUCGGUGCUAGUAUGAUCAGUGGAUUUGUGACAACUUGUGCAUCAAUGCCUGUAGAUAUCGCUAAAACGAGAAUUCAGAAUAUGAAGGUCAUCGACGGCAAACCAGAAUACAGCGGUGGAAUUGAUGUGCUGAGCAAGACAAUCCGAAGUGAAGGCGUCUUAAGCUUGUGGAAGGGUUUCACGCCGUAUUAUGCGAGGCUCGGUCCCCACACAGUCUUGACCUUCAUCUUCUUGGAGCAGAUGAAUAAGAUGUACCGAAACUACGCUUCUACAGCUCAGUGCUAACUAGAGCGGUGACAGUCACCUAUCACCACCGGCUGUACUACUCGUGUUAAUAACAUGUCCCCAUGCUGGACUCAUUCUCACAUUUCUUAGGUUUCACUAUUUCUAGGCUCUGUUCUUUAAUUCUCAAUUCUUUUAAAAUGAUUUUUUAUUUAUGAUACGCGAGUGCUGUUGCUAGCUACGGCAAGCUUCCCUGCGUUGAGAUCAUUUUUUAAUGAUUGGCAUUUAUGAUAGUUAUGUAGUUGUCACCCCUCCCCACUCAGCAUAAAACUAGAACAUCAUUUACAAACCCAUGCUAUGCACAAAACGGCUUACAUUGGCACAUAGCCCUAAACAACGUCACGGGAGUUACACAUUUUUUUACUGGAUAUUUUGCGUCAAACUGACGAAUAUUUUUAAAAUGCUUGUAAAAUAUUGAAUUCUAUGACUAGCGCAAUGGCAAAUGAUUGGGAAUUAUCAGCAGAGAUAAGCACAGUUUUAUUCUCUGCAACAACA